AUGGACUACUCAUCGCCGCUGUCCUCGCCGCCGGCAUCCAGUAUCAUCUGCGGCUACGAGAGCGACAGAGACGCCGUUGAAGACGCCAAUCGUGAACACAAGAUUGACCGCCCUCCCCCUAUUGAUCCCGACGAAGCGUCGUCUGAGGUAGAUUUCGUCUUGACAUCACCACGAGCGGAUGCGUCUCCAGGGGCCGAGAUCGUCGUGCAGGUCGACGGAGAACACGAUGGGCCAAUUGGUGAACCUGUUCAUGAUUCGAUCGAUGUGGCUGCCAACGAGCCAGACGACGCGACCAUUGCUACAGAAGAGAUCCACUCGUCACCGCCGUACACGGCCAACGCGUUUGCUGUCGUAAAGGCACUAUCUCCAGUGCCGAAAGCGAAGCGGGUGCAGGAGAGGGGAAGCAAACAGAGACACGGGAAGGCAGAGCCAGACGACCAAGAAGAGACGGAGGAAGCUCCCGUCCAGCGAAGCCGGGCAAGGUCAAAGAGCGAGGCCAAGACGCCCGCCAGGACGCCGAGAAAGGCGGCGAGCAAGCAGUCCACAGUUGUGGCUGAAGAGAACAGCACCAAGACGGGGGACCAAGACACGCAACAGCCUGCAGCUACCGAACCAGACGUGCCCGCGGUCACGACAACACGUUCGGGCCGGCGUGUCGUCCAAAAGCACUAUGGCGACGAGCCGUCGCCGCCGUCGGCCAAGGUGACGACCAGGACACGGACACUUGCCAAAGCCAAAGACGAGACGGCCAAGACCGGCAAGGCCUCCCCCUCGACAUCGGCCUCCACCGCUGUGAUGCGUCGCCGCAAACAGGCAGCUGCUCGUUGGCAGACAGACUUUGUGCUCGCCAACACGCGCUCGCCACUCACCCAGUUUGAUUUGCGGACACUGCUGUGCCAGCCAGCGGCAUGGGACGCGCUCGACGCGGACGAGAAGCGGGGGGUGCUGGCGCGUCUUCCGCCGGGCGCCGUUGUUCUGGAUCGAGACACACCGGAGCUGGCCCGCCCCGACGUGGCCGCUCUGAAAAACGACAACAAUUUCCGGCACGACUGUGCGCGGUACCGGUCGGACCUGGCGGCCGGGUUCUACGACAAGCAGUGGCUGGAGGAGGCGUUUGAGGCACACGCGAUGCGGUCCACGGGAUUGUUUGAUGCGUAUGUGCUCGACGCGUUUGAGAGCAGCUGGGGUGUCACGGUGCCGGACGAGCUGAGGCCGGAGGCGCACAGGGCAAAGAAGGUGGACGAGAGCGCAAAUGUCGUGCCCAGCACGUCGCUCAAACGAAGCCGGCGGGCGCCGGCACAGCCAGUCAAAACCGAAACGACUGCUGAGACAAACACGUCCAACAAUAGUCCAAACCGGCAGAAGCAGCCUAGCGUGGACACGCCAAUGGACAGUGUGGAAGAUGCCUCUGCUGUGCCCGCCAAACGCAAGGUUUCCGUCGACAUCGACAGCGCUGAUGCCACCGAAGCCGUCGACGUUCCCAUGCGGAGCCGGAAACGGAUGACGCCGAGCAUGGGCACUGGAGUCGCGGCUGCGUCGCAGGGCCCGAAGGAUGACGAUCCAGUGGAGGAUAGCAUCGAAGUGGGUGAAUGA